ACUGUUACUGGUCCCCCUAUCUUCUUGCUGGAAGUGUAACGAAAUGUUUGUCAGACGUUCACCGUAAUUUCUCCUAGUCGUUUUAGUUUUCUUUUGAAUGAUGCAUUUAUCUCAACAACUUGAGCUCUUUCCAGAGUUCACCGUGACUCAGUUACUUUUUAAAGAUGUCAAAAACGCCGUAGAUUUGAGAAAAAAUGCUGUUGACGGACUAAUCAAGGGUGCCUUGAUAAACCCAACUAUGAUUGUGGAUCCGUUUCAAGUGCUUAUAGCUACGAACAAGGCUGUUCACUUGCACAAGAUCGGAAAGAUGAAGACCAAGAGCUUGUAUUCAGAAAUCAUUUUCAAUCUUCUACCUACUAAUAGUAUCUCCGAGGCGUUUAAAAGGUUCGGUGUCUCGGACAGAGACGAGUGCGUUCUCGUGGUGCUGGUGCACGAGGGGGAGGACGCACAGCUGCUGGCUGACGUGGUUGCCAUGGUAGCAGGGCAGCAGAUGCCCGUGGAGCACGUCUCCUCUCUGACAGACUCGGCCAACAUUAAGAAGCUCUACAAAGUCCCCCCCCAGGAGUGUGGUAGUCUACUGGAUGCCGUUGUCUGCAGGAUGGCAACUAAAGAUGUUAUGCAGAACUGACCCCACAGCCAGGCUGCCCCCCCCCUGCUCCUGGAGAUCUACCCCCCUGCUCCUGGAGACCUACCCCCCUGCUCCUGGAGACCUACCCCCCUGCUCCUGGAGACCUACCCCCCUGCUCCUGGAGACCUACCCCCCUGCUCCUGGAGACCUACCCCCCCUGCUCCUGGAGAUCUACCCCCCUGCUCCUGGAGAUCUACCCCCCUGCUCCUGGAGACCUACCCCCCUGCUCCUGGAGACCUACCCCCUGGGAAGGUAUCUCUCCAGGAGCAUGGUUGGAGGGUAAACCUACAGGACGGUAUCUCUCUGUAGCAACCAUUAACAUGUCCAGCAUACCACAUUGUGUAUAUAUGAUCAUUUGGACUUGGUCUGGUUCACUUCUACUUCUUGCAGACUUUAAAAGGCUGGUCUCCAUCAAAAAUCUUGUUUCCAAAUGUGUCUAAAAUAAACAGAAUUUUUAUUUUUUACCUUGUU